GAUGAGUGAGGUAGAAAAUUUGUGCAAAUAAGUUCCUUUUUGGUAAAACAUUUGAGCAGCACUCAAACUAUUACACUGUUUGAAUGUAGCAUAAGUACACAAACUUUUUUCUUUUGCAUGAGACAGUUGAGAGUUAGCCAGAAUAAUGGAGCUGCUGUGUGCUCCUCCGCUCUGUUCAGUGAUGCUGAUGAGGGAGGAUGUGAGUCGCUACUCCACCACGCCCCGCCCCCAUUGAGAAGGCAGUGAUGCAAGGCAUGCCUCUGAGAAGCCUGCAACCCGUGCAGACAGACAGGAUCACUGUGGACUACGCUCCUCAUUUAUUGGCCCCCCAUAUGUUCUCCGCCGCUCAGCUGCACGGAUUAGUUUGAGAGGGUUUUAAAGCUGAAAAUUACUCCCAAACAGCUUGCUUUCUGCUUUUUGUUUCAUACUUAUUUAAUCAUUUCUGGAUCUAAAAAGUCGUAGUUCUGUAUUCCCUCCAAAUGCUUCGCCUGUCAGACUCGCUUUGCAUGUGGACAUAAGCCAGUGGGUUCAGUCAGGUGCUUCAACACAGGGGAUCUUAUUUAGGAUAAUUUUUAAAAUUCCUUUCCUUGUCCUGGAGGCGCGUCCUUUAUUUUUCCUUCCGCGAUGGCUGACUCCAACGCUGAAUGCAAUAUCAAGGUGUUGUGUCGAUUCCGUCCGCUGAACCAGUCCGAAAUUAUCCGCGGAGAUAAGUUCAUUCCAAUAUUUCAAGGGGAAGACACUGUCAUCUUUGGGGGGAAGUCCUACGUGUAUGACCAGGUCUUCCCCACUAACAUCACACAGGAACAAGUCUACAACGCCUGCGCCAAACAGAUUGUCAGAGAUGUACUCGGUGGAUACAAUGGGACUAUAUUUGCCUAUGGGCAGACCUCUUCGGGAAAAACACACACCAUGGAGGGGAAGCUUCAUGAUCCCCAGGCUAUGGGAAUCAUUCCCCGGAUCGCCCAGGACAUUUUUGAACAUAUAUUUGCCAUGGAUGAGAACCUGGAGUUUCAUAUAAAGGUCUCCUACUUUGAGAUCUAUAUGGAAAAAAUCCGUGACCUCCUUGAUGUGACAAAAACCAACCUGUCAGUGCAUGAAGACAAAUACAGGGUUCCCUAUGUGAAGGGCUGCACAGAACGGUUUGUCACCAGUCCUGAAGAAGUGAUGGAUGUGAUAGAUGAGGGGAAAGCCAACCGUCACGUUGCUGUCACCAAUAUGAAUGAGCAUAGUUCUCGUAGUCACAGCAUCUUCCUGAUUAACAUCAAGCAAGAAAAUGUAGAGACGGAGCAGAAACUGUGCGGGAAGCUCUACCUGGUUGACCUUGCUGGGAGUGAGAAGGUCAGUAAGACAGGUGCGGAGGGAUCGGUGCUGGAUGAGGCCAAGAACAUCAACAAGUCGCUAUCAGCUCUGGGGAACGUCAUUUCUGCUUUGGCUGAAGGAACGAAAUCCCAUGUGCCUUACCGUGACAGCAAAAUGACUCGCAUCCUGCAGGACUCACUGGGCGGGAACUGCCGCACCACCAUGUUUAUCUGUUGCUCUCCAUCCAGCUACAAUGAUGCAGAGACCAAAUCCACGCUGAUGUUUGGCCAACGAGCCAAGACCAUUAGAAAUACCGUCACAGUGAAUCUGGAGCUCACAGCGGAGCAGUGGAAGAAGAAGUACGAGAAGGAGAAAGAGAAGAACAGAUCGAUGAAGGAAACUAUACAAAGACUUGAAGCUGAGCUGAAUCGCUGGAGGAAUGGCGAGAAUGAUGUUGUGCUGGGGCAGCUGGGUGAUGGAUCGGAGGAUGCCCCCUUCGUGCCUCUGGAUUUUGAAGAGCCAACUCUUGAAUUAUGCAGCCCAUGCACCCCCUGCACUCCUUGCAGCCCUUACUCCUUAGCGUCAUCCAUUGUGGUUCACAUCUCAGAGGAAGAGCGGCAUAAAUAUGAGGAAGAGAUCCGCAAGCUGUACAAGCAGCUGGAUGAUAAGGACGAUGAGAUCAACCACCAGAGCCAGAUGGUAGAGAAGCUGAAGGAGCAGAUGCUCGACCAAGAGGAGCUUUUAGCUUCGUCCAGGGGAGACAGCGAGAAGGUGCAGUCAGAACUCGGCAGGCUGCAAGCGGAAAAUGAGUCUGCUAAGACUGAGGUGAAGGAGGUGCUUCAGGCUCUGGAGGAGUUGGCUGUAAACUUCGACCAGAAAAGCCUGGAGGUCGAGGAGAAAAGCAUGAAGAACAAGGUGCUGGCUGAAGAACUUGGAAAGAAGAUGGCUCACCUCAGGGCUUUAGAGGCAGAACUGUCCCGCAUCCAGGAGGUGAGCAGCCACCAAAGAAAACGCAUCGCUGAGGUUCUCAACGGCCUCAUGAGGGACCUGCGCGAGUUCAGCACUAUAGUUGGAAGCCGGGAAAUCAAGCUGCCUGUGGAGAUCACUGGUGCGAUCGAGGAGGAGUUUACGGUGGCUCGGCUCUACAUCAGCAAGAUUAAGUCAGAGGUGAAGUCCAUGGUGAAGCGCUGCCGACACCUGGAGAACCUCCAAACAGAAUGCAGCCGAAAGAUGGAGGAAACAAGCAGAGAGCUGUCGUCAUGCCACCUCCUCAUCUCACAGCAUGAGGCAAAGAUUCGCUCUCUGAUGGACUGCAUGCAGACUGUGGAGCUCAAGAAGAGACGGCUGGAGGACAGCUAUGAUUCUCUGACUGAGGAGCUGGCCAACCUCAGAGCUCAAGAAAGCAUGUCACAGAUGACCAAUGGGGAGAACAGCACAUCUCUCCAGAAUCUGUCUGAUAUGAAGAGAGCUCUGGAGGAACAGAUGAAGUUGCACCGUGAAGCCCAAAGCAAGCAGCUUGGCCGCCUUCGAGACGAGAUCAACGAGAAACAGAAGACCAUUGAUGAAUUAACCGACUGGAAUCAGAAGCAGCAGCUGGAGUUGGAGCAACUGCAUGGUGACUUUGAAUGUCUCAGAAGUCGGGAGCAUCACAAGAGCCGGCAGCUGGAGGAACUGACAUUUCUCUGCGAACGGCAUGAGCAGUCAAAGCAGGACCUGAAAGGACUGGAGGAGACUGUUGCCCGUGAACUCUACAGCCUGCACAACCUCCGCAAGCUCUUUGUUCAAGACCUCACGACUCAAGUCAGAAAGAGUACAGAGCUUGAACCUAAUGAUACCGGGGGAUUUAUCACUCAAAAACAAAAGAUUUAUUUUCUUGAAAACAACUUGGAGCAACUUAGUAAAGUUCACAAACAGCUGGUACGCGACAACGCAGAUCUUCGCUGUGAGCUUCCAAAACUGGAGAAACGUCUCCGCUCUACCGCCGAGCGAGUUAAAGCACUGGAGGGCGCGUUGAAGGAGGCGAAGGAGGGCGCCAUGAAGGACCGUCAGCGCUACCAGCAGGAGGUGGAGCGAAUCAAGGAUGUGAUGAGGCGCAAUCCUUUCCGCCGCCCCCACGCUGCACAGAUAGCCAAGCCUGUGCGUCCCGGCCACUACCCACUCUAUCCUCCCAUCAACCACUUCUUCAUCCGGGGCUACAGCGAAAACCCUGUUGCUUUCUGCAAUGCCGGUUUCCAGAACAAAAACAACCAACCAGCAGCUCCCGUGGAUGCUCCCCCAGUACAUGACGCCGAGGCCAGAUUACCUAAGGAUGAGUCCAACCAGAACAGCUCUGCAGAACUACUCGACCCACAAAGUGACGACGACGGCGACACUCAGAAUAAUAUGCUUUCAGCUGAACCAGUAAGCAAAGCAGAGAAAUCUUCAGAAAUGCUUGAUUCAGAAAACGGAAACACCACAGAUUUCAAUGACAACAGCAUGUGUCUGAAUGUGAAUUCUGUGCCCAGAACUGAUGUCUGCGACAAUCAGGAUGCAGCCAAACUCUACAAGUUGCAGAAUGAGGCUUCAGCCAGCUAAGGCAGGUGAAUGUUUCUGAGGCCUCCACUGUAAAUCUGCAUGCAGAUGAUCAAUGUUGUACCAGACUCCUCCUAUCCGCCCCAAACCCACCUGCUGUAAAAAGCCCUCUUUGUGUCAGUUUCCCAUCCUCAGCCGGUUCUUCUCUGGUUCCUUCUUCUUCCUGUGUGUGGGUAACAGUUUGGCAAGCACUGCAUCUCAAACACCUGCCAGCCUACACCUGCUGCUGCACCCGGUCACUAUUACUUGAAAUAGAACGGUCCCAAAAUAGAGAGGCGGGGAGAAAGAGGCUGCAAUGGAAUCUGUUGCCAAAAGGGUGUGCUCAUUGACAUUAGGGGCAAACAAUAAAAAAUCUAUUUUAAAUCCCAUAGUUGUUGUCAUCAUUAGUAAACUAUACACAAGUUUAUAAGAAUACAAAAGGUAAAAUGUGACAUGAAAACAGGUUGAACCUUAUAGUCACUUUAUUAAUGUUUAUUCUUUAUACUGCAUGUUUAUUUUUGAUGAAACAACUCUUAUGUUGACAUUUUCAGAGUACAGGGGCCUUUGUGUUGAAAUCUGUUAAUGGUUAAAAGAAAAACCCUGAAACUAAAAAUAUUCUACUGUGUUUCAGUGGACUUUACUCAAUGUUUCUCUCAGUCAGAAGCUGACAAUUUCCCCUGAUUGAAUUUGGGGAAUUAAAAGCAUUCAUGUUACAUUUGUUGUAAAAAAAAAGAAAAAGGUAAAGUAAUUGGUAGACUAGAACUAAUACAAUUCUUACUUUUCCUUCAGCUUUUGAGAAAACAUGUUAUAAACGAUAUAAUAUUUCUAUUUUGACUUCAGACGAUCUUCAUAUGUUGUAUUCAUUUUAUUCUAGAGCUCUAGUAGAGUUUACUUUAUCUUUUAUUUGAAACCUGGCAGCUGAUCAGCUGUUGUCACUUUUUGAUGAUCCUCAGUGUCACUAGCUGGUUUGAUAUAAUAAGUAUCAUGGCCAAGAGUUGCAUUUUCCAUUUUUUCCAUCAUUCAUAUCAUUUACUAUUUUAAAAUACAAUCUUUUGAAACUUAGACAACGUGAUUGGUGAUUCUGAAUAUUCAAGCAUUUUUAUUAAUUUUACUUUUUUUUAAGAAACAUUUGUUCUGAUUAUUUGCCUUUUGAAAAUGUGUUGAUGUGAGCUUCUGGCAAAAAAGAGAAUAAAAUUAAAGACAAGAAAAUAAUGUAGCUAAACCUCAUAUGAAGUGAAGGUUGAGCUCUUGACCAAGCACUUUCAUUUAUGUUUACCUCAUUCUUUGAAACAACACUGUGAUUGACAUCCAUUAACAAGAACAUACCAGUCCCUUUAUAAUGGAUAAAAACACUUUAGGUGUGUUUUAAUUCUAUCCUUAAAGUCUUUGUCUAGUUUCAGUAUGCAACUAGUGCAGCUUAGAUUACUUAGACAUCAAGGUUGAUAAAACAACACCUGAAGUUGUGUCUGACAAAGAUUCUUCAUAUUUGAUCUUUUUACGGAUAAAUGUAUUUUUACAACAUUGUAUGUAACACCACAUAGCAGUGGCUUGCAAAAAUAUUUAUAACCUUUGAACAUCUUCACAUUUUAUCACAUUACAACCACAACUUUAAUGUAUUUCAAUUUGAUUUUGUUUGAUAGACAGACAAAUGAGUUUGUAUGUGAAGCAGACAAAAAAAUAUAUAUAUAUUGCAAAUUAAAAUCUAAAAAGUGUGGCAACAUUGCCAUUAAAUACCAUCCAGUCCAACUGGUUGCGUACAGUAGUCAUCUACUUAGUAAAUAAUCCCCUUUGUUUUAUUUAAUCUUAGUGAAGCAAAGGUUUAUUAGAGAAUAUUGGUGAACAAACAGCAUCAUGCAGACCAAGGAACAAUCCAUGCAGCUCAGGGAGAAUAUUUUAGUGGUUCACAGCCGAGUCAGGUUUUAAAGUUAAGUUCAUAGUAUGAAAUGUCUCAAGGUCAGCAGAUAAAUACAGAAACAUGCCACACAUUUCAAAUUGUUAUUACUAAAUGAUUUUGAUUUGUAGUUGUGACUAAAUGUGAACAAGAUCAAGGCUAUAGAUACUUUCUCUAAGGCACUGCAGAGACUUUUAUAUUUUAAAUAUUGAAAACUUAUCUUCCAUUGCAUCAUUAUCUCUCUUUUUUUAGAAAAUGUAAAACUAGUAACAGACAUUUAAAUGUUAUUUUUUUGAACUGGUUUACAUUGUUUUCAUAUCUGCAUUUUCUCAUGAAGUGUCAGAGGAACUAAGACCCAAAAAAGAAGACAGAACAACAAAUGUUUAAAAGAAAUGUUAUCAGAUAUUCUGUGGUUGCCUUUUGUUGCCAUCACACAUCAUAAUUUGGGUUCAUAUCAUUUGCUGCUGCAAAAAUGGACAAACAGAUGUUAAAAAUAACAUACAGAAACAUUGUUUUAAAGGACUCAUUGUAUAGUUGUUACAUACUUACAUGUAUAUCAUCUCCAUCAAACUGCUUGCAAAUGAUUGUUAAACUUUGAAAUAUAAUUUCAUCAGAGCAUGGCAAAGUAAAAUUAAAAUGUAGCAACUAUUUUUAUACUCAAACAAUUGGUUAAAGAUAUAGAUUAUUUAUUAUUUGCUCUAUUUUAAAUGUGAUUUAUUUGCUUCCUGAUUCUUCUUCCUUUCAUACUGGUUGUUGAAUGUGAAAUAUUUGUAUUUUGUUGUGUAGAUGUAUUUUUCCAUGCCUUUCAUUUAGUGUAACGAUGAGAAGACUUUGUAUUUUCACCAGUUAUUGAAUGCAUGUGUGGAAGUGUAAUUGUGUUAUGAUUUUAUUAAGGUAAUGACUAAUCUUGCUUAACCACCUCAGGCGGAAGCCAAAGGUUUUAUCUUGUAGGGGAUCUCUUAAAGGGGAUCUAAACUGCAACCUAUUUAAGCUGAGUUAAACAUAUGACGGAGGGGUUACUGUAGGUUAUCAGAAGAUGACAGAGUCCUGUUUUAGUCACUGACACUCACUGACAGAUACAUCUCAUCUCGGCAACGUUUCUGACCUUUGAGAAUGCAGAUAAGUUUUGAGAACUGUGGUGGGUGCAGUUAGAGAUAUCUGAGCAGAUAAAGCAAUGGACCCAAGGUCUCAUAAUGCACAAAUAGACAACAUCUACAAACCGUCCAUCACGUCAUAAUUUCUCUGUCGACAUCUUGAUCAGACAGUCAGGUUCACAGAGUCCAGCUGACCACCCAGGAUCUGCUAUUAUGUCUAAGCAUCAGAUUGUUCUCUAAUUAAAACAUUUUCUGAACUUUA